AGGGCGCCAGCGCGGCCCCGGGGAGCGCGAGGAGCCGGCGAGCGCGCGGCCUGCCGUUGGCGGCCUGGUCCGCCACGCUUGGCGCCCACCCGUCCCCGAGGUGGGGUCCAAGCCCCCGGGAAGAUGGUGUCCUGGAUCAUCUCCAGAGCCGUGGUGUUGGUGUUUGGAAUGCUUUAUCCUGCAUAUUAUUCAUACAAAGCUGUGAAAACAAAAAAUGUGAAGGAGUAUGUUCGAUGGAUGAUGUACUGGAUUGUCUUUGCUCUCUAUACUGUGACUGAAACAGUAGCAGAUCAGACAGUUGCUUGGUUCCCCCUGUACUAUGAGCUUAAGAUUGCUUUUGUCAUAUGGCUGCUCUCUCCCUAUACCAAAGGAGCAAGUUUAAUAUAUAGAAAAUUCCUUCAUCCACUACUUUCUUCAAAGGAAAGGGAGAUUGAUGAUUAUAUUGUACAAGCAAAGGAACGAGGCUAUGAGACUAUGGUAAACUUUGGGCGGCAAGGUUUAAAUUUAGCAGCUACUGCUGCUGUCACUGCGGCAGUGAAGAGCCAAGGAGCAAUAACUGAACGUUUACGAAGUUUCAGUAUGCAUGAUCUAACAGCUAUCCAAGGUGAUGAGCCUGUGGGACAAAGACCAUACCAACCUCUCCCAGAAACAAAAAAGAAAAGUAAACCAGCCUCCGGUGAAUCACCAGGUGAUGGAAUUCCACUGAGACAUGGAGAUGAGAAAACAGACGAAGAAGCGGAUGGGCCAUAUUCAGAUGAUGAGAUGUUAACACACAAAGGGCUACGAAGAUCACAAAGCAUGAAAUCUGUGAAAACCGUGAAAGGCCGAAAAGAGGUGCGGUAUGGGUCACUGAAAUACAAAGUGAAGAAGAGACCACAAGUUUAUUUUUAGUCAUGUACAUGUCAAGUAUCCCAAGACAAAUUAUGCUAAUACAUCAACUUUUUUUCUAACAUCAUAUGUUCAGGAUUUAUACAUUAAAAUAAUUCUUUAAAUUGUGGUGGUGAUAGGGUUUACUUUCAUCUAUUUAAAUAGCUUUUAUUUCUUUAACAAUUACUUCCAAAUCUUGACUACUAAAGGUAGUUAUACAAAAAUUGAUAGAUAGAUAUAUCAGAAAUAAUAGAAUACUGUGUUAUCUAUUGUCACAUUCUUCAGAACACUGAGUGCCUGUGAUGUAAAGUGAAACACAAACCCACAGUAUACUUGAAAAGAGUCUUUUUAUGGUUCAAGAUACACCAGACUUUGUGAUAUUGUAUUGUGUUUACCUGUAUUUCUGUUACUAUCCUCUCUAUCACAUGAGGAUAGUAAUUAAAUAGGCCUCUGAUCCAGCAGUGAUAGAACAAGGGUAUAAUGUAAGAUAAAGUACGCUUUAUAUUCUUCAAAUUUUUACUUUGUUAAUACUUUCUAGUUUUUCCACCAUCAACUGAAAGUUUUCAAGGCAAAUGUUUGAAAACCAGGCAUCUACAUAGCACUUUCAUUCCUGACUAGUUUUGCACACUUGAAAAUUGUUUACUUAUUUUACAACUGUACAUUUAUUUUAAGUUUUAUUAACACUGUGUUUAUUGUUAUUUGUCAUAUUCUGGCAUGUCAAAUUUAUGCCUUGAAUUAACAUCAUCUCUUUUCCUGUGGGUUUCAUUAGUUAUAUUCAUUUAAUUUUAAUAAUAAAAACCAGAGCUUAUUUUUCAAUUUUAACUAUUUUUACUUACCUUCUUUACAGAUAAGAAGUUAUUUUAAAACUCACCAGCUUCCCAUAUUUAGCUCUAUAGUAUAGUUGAACUUAGCAUGUUUUUGUUAACACUGGUUAUGUUUUCAGCUUUUAAAAGUGGUAGCUUUUGUGAAAUGGAGUCAUAGACCAGUAUAGCACUGAGGUAUCUUCUAAUUCAUGAAAUUAACCAACAGCCAAUCCAUUCACAAGCUUGGCACUGAUAUGAGCUGCUGAUUUAUAAAUCUGGCAUUGACUAGAACCAUUUGAAUCACUUCACUUCUAGCUGAAAUAAUUUCCUGAAGAUACCUGCCAAUGCAAAAUACAAAUGUUGUUAAUCUUACAUGUUAGAAAUUAUUAUAAUAGAUUUUAGAAAAAUACCAUUUUUUUUAAUCCAAGAGAAUUUGAGUUACUGAACUUUGAGGUUUUUUAGGUGGCAUAGGUAACUAUGCAUUAUGAACUCUAAGUAAAUAUAUUUCUGAUGAUGGUUUUAGUGAUCAGUAAUCAAAUUUGUAUUAUUAUACUUGUUCAGAUAAUUUACUUGAGUUUUCUGUUUGUCCAAAAGAAAAAGCAGUGAGAGAGAUUUGUAAGAUCUUUGACCUUUCUACCUUCUAAGAAAUGAAGCCAGCUAGCAAUGUAUAUUCAGGACCUACUCAGAGUGUUGGUAGAGAACAGAAUGUUUACUCAGGAGUACCUUAAUAUAAUUCAUACAUUUCUCCUGAUACAAGUCUUAAAAUGUCUUCUAGAUCAUCUCACAUUCUUGAUAAGUACCACCGACUAAAACUUCAUUCAACUUAUUUUCCCCCAAAGUUUAAUUCCAUGAAUAUCUUCAUCUAUUUUACCUUGACUAAUUUUUAGCCUCUUCGUUUCUGGAAAGACUCUUUGUGUUCAAAAUUUCUAUGAAUUCUGGUUAUAAACUCUUGGAAGAGAGUUUUAUUUAUUUUGCCUAGUACUAGACUUCCCAGUAUAAAUGCUACCUGUGCCAUACUUAUCUUUCCUACACAAAGGCAAUGUCAUCUCAAAUUGCCUGACAAGGUCAUUGUAAGUAAGUGACUUUGUAUCAAAAACAUUACCUUUGGGGGCUGAUUUGCACCACUGUAUUUUUUUUCAAGUCUAAUUUCAGUAUUAAACCUAUUCUUUAAUUAUAGUAAACUCAUGAAUACUGUCCUAAGUUGGAGGAAUUAUUUAUCCCUCUACACUUCUAGAAUCAAAACGUUUAAUGGAGGACAACACUAGUUUCAAAGAGAUAAUGCAAGUCCUUCUGUUUAAUUGUAUCUCUUUACACUGAACAAUGCUUCCCUUCAUGUGUUUGUUAUAUCCUUAUAUACAGUCAAUGUCAUUUUGCUGGUCUAUCAUUUCCUUUCUUUCCUUUUCUUACAUUUCUUAAAUUUGCUUCUUUUCUUUUAUGUGUGUUUUAGCAUGCUUUCUUUUGAAUUUUGUAUAAUAAACGUAAAUUUUUGUUUCUUUUAAGGUGGAACAGGUCAUUUUUUGUUUUUCUGCUUUUAAGUCUAAUGCUUUUAAAAGAGGUGUGUUAAUCCCUAGAGCACAGUGCCUUGCUUCCCCCAUUGCUUACCACUUGGCAGAUGGGCUUUGGAUGCUGCACGAGCCUUUAGGGCACUGUUUUGGUAGCUGUUAAAGUUUAUCCAGAAAUUGUAGCUGGUGUUUUAUUUUAUUAUAUAGUCAUUCAACUUGUUCAUAAUAUUAACUAUUUCCAGGGUUUGUUUGGAAGUACUAAUUGAUCUAUUCUUUAGUUCACCAUAUUUUUUCUGGUAUAAAAAUGGGCCCGAAAUAAGCCUUAUUGCUAAGGAAUUAAUUAUGUAAACCCCCAUAGACCCUGCAUAAGAUUCCCUCCACACACUUCCCUAUAUGUAUGUGGAAUUGGGUAGAAAAUGAUGGUGCCAGCAUUACCAGUUAUAAAUACUUGAGUACACAGAUUGAUGGAACAAAAUUAUUAAAGUGUUUUCAGGGAACUUAAUCCAUAUGUCACCACCAAAGAUUUCUACAGUGUUAUAUGUAAAUAUUCCAAAUUUCUGUAAAACAUUGGUUAGAUAAAUGUUUUUCUUUCUUUCUUUCUUUCUUUCUUUUUAAGUAACAGUUUGUACUCUGGAAUGCUUGAACUUUUGUGUUAUUAGAAAUAAUACAACUGUUAAAUAUUAGUAAUUUGUAUUUUUAAUUGGAAUGAACUAAAUUUUUAUUUUGAUUUUCUUUUAUCAGGAAAAAUAAGAAGUUAAUAUGUAUUGAAAAGCAAUUUCCUAUGUUUUUUUCUGUUUAAGUUGAUCCAUAUGCAAAGCAGUUAGAUAAAUUUUGAUAAGAUCGUUAUUGUGGUAUGCAGUGUAUGUUUCUCAGUGAACAUCACUUAAGAGUAAAGCUUUCUGAAAGGAAAGUACAGCAUUUAUUCUCUUAAUGUUUUUAAGAUUUAAUCUUCUAGUAGUUUUCUACAGAUAUAAUGUAUUUUAACUCUUUAAACAUUGACCAUGAAUUAACGUUUUCUCUUCUAACACCUUUUAAAUCUAUGUACUUUAGUAGUUAAGAGAAAGCAGUUUUGCAAUUUUUAAUCCCUUUGUAAAGGCUAUCUUUAGGCCUAGUAUGGCGGUAAUUUUACAAAUGUGGUUUUUCAAAACUUUAAUAUAAAAUAAACUCAUUUUAUUAGUGGUAA